UCGCGUUUUAUUCUAGCCAGUUUUAAUGUUUUGACAUGUAGUGCAUUUAAAUUUUCGUUUCGAUUUGUGUUUUUAUUUUGAUUAUGUGUUCGUUUUUCCGUCUAGUGUAGUGCCAACCCUGCAGUGCGCGCCGCUGCUCUCUCCAUCUAGUGACCCUGUGCCAUUAGCCCAAAACAAAAGAAAAAAAGUGGAAGAAAAGGCUUUACGGUGACGUUAUUUUGUGUGCCUCGACAAAAGCGAUCAUCUCAGAGCGAAGGCCGUGAUGGGAUGAUCGGCUUGCAAGAAUGCGGGCCCGCGCCACCUAGAGCGCCGGUAACGGGAAGCCGGGCCCGUGAGCGGGCGGCCCAAGCCGUCGACUACUACAACACCCAUGUGCACCGCGCCUGGGCGAACGCCGGCCUCUCCCGCUCGUCGUUCAACGACCGCCACCACAACCACCACCAGGCGAGCGCCCGCCGCCCGCAGCACCUAGCGCCCGAGCAGCUCUACCGCAGCAACUCCAGCUUGGAGCUCCUCGACCACAACGGCCGCCCGUCCAACCCGUCGACGCCGACGCUGAAGCGCGAGUACGGCAGCCACGGCAGCAUCGACGUGAUCGAUCGGCCGCCGAACGCCGCCGCCACCACCGGCGACUCGUUCUUCGCCAUGCUGCAGGACUACCAGCCGGCCGUGCUGGGAGCGAUCGCCGCCGACCAGAGGUCGCCGGGGCCGGCCGAGUACCUGAGGGGCAAGGUGGACGUGGGGGACGGCGCCGACGACGGCGCGCCGCAGAGCCCCAAGGCGCGGGUCAAGCUGUCGCGAUUGUGGGGCGGGCAAGUGAACGUGAAAAGCCAGAGACAGGCCAUGGAUGAUAGCAUGGUGAAUACGUCUUCCAGUAGCAGUAAUAGUGUCGUGGGGUCGGCGGAGGCGGAGGAGAUCGCGAGGAGGAGGGCUUUCAGUCAUUACGACUGUCAGUCGAUGACGACGAAUCUGAAUUACACGGCCAGGAUCCGGCGGAUGUUGGCGAAGCGACGAAACACGACGACGGGGGCGUCCGCCGCCACCAUGUUGGCGAAGUCGUUCACUUCUGACGGGGACAACGGCGCCGAGGAGGACGGCGGCGAUGGGCAGAAUAACGACCUGGUGCAAAGCUGCCCGUUCUUUAGGAACGAAAUCGGCGGCGAAGAAGAGAGGAUAGUCAGUCUGACUAGGCUGCAGAAUAGUCAGGGGUUGGGUGGUGCGAAGAAGCCGUUGCAUCGUCCGCCGUUAGCUUACGGCGUUGCCGUCCUCGAAUUCCCUCCAGGGGAGACGCACUGGAGACAUUCCACGUGUCCGUACCAGCGUCUGCCCAGACCCAUCGAAAGCGUCGAUCAAGGCGCCUUAUACUAUAGAAAGUACUUUCUGGGACAAGAACACCAAAACUGGUUCGGCAUGGACGAGCAGCUCGGUCCUGUAGCCAUUUCCAUAAGGCGUGAAAAAGUCAUCCAUCCGGACAACCAGCUCUCUUCUUCAACCUUGAUGCAGUAUCAGUACCGUCUGGUCAUCCGCACCUCCGAGCUACAAACAUUCCGGGGUGCCAUCCUCGAAGACGCUAUUCCAAGUAUCAAAGCGUCCAGCAACCCCAAAACUCUAAACGUCAAAGAAGUCCUCGAAUACGUCGCCCCCGAAGUUCAACUGAGUUCGUUGAAACUGGGGAUCCAGAAUCAACAAACCGAAGAGCAGCUUUUAAAACUCGACGAGCAAGGAUUGAACAACCACUACAAAGUCGGGGUGAUGUACUGCAAAGCGAGUCAGUCUUCGGAAGAAGAGAUGUACAAUAACGAGGAAGCGGGUCCGGCGUUCGUGGAAUUUUUGGAAACUAUUGGAAAGAAGGUUAGGUUGAAGGGGUUUUCCAAGUAUAGAGCAGGAUUGGAUAAUAAAUCUGACUCGACGGGACUCUACUCGGUGUAUUCACAGUAUCAGGAUUGCGAGAUCAUGUUCCACGUGUCUACUAUGUUGCCUUUUACACCGAAUAAUCGCCAACAGUUGUUACGGAAGCGCCACAUCGGCAACGAUAUUGUUACAAUCGUGUUUCAAGAACCCGGUGCUUUGCCGUUCACUCCAAAGGGUAUACGAUCUCAAUUCCAGCACGUGUUUAUUGUAGUCCAGGCUAUCAACCCGUGCACCGAAAACACCCACUACAAGGUAGCCGUAAGCCGUUCCAAAGAAGUGGAAGUAUUUGGGCCACCAAUCAAGGAUGGCGCCAUCUUCCCUAAAGGCAAAGCCUUUGCAGAGUUCCUUCUGGCUAAAGUCGUCAAUGCCGAAAACGCCGCUCAUAGGUCAGAGAAGUUCGUUACAAUGGCGACCCGCACCAGACAGGAGUACUUGAAGGAGUUAGUAAUCAAUAACUCCACGUCCACUCCAGUGGACACCCACCAGAAGUUCUCGAUUUUCAGCAGCAAAAAGAAGGACAAGAUUCGUCCUAGGUUUAUUCCGGACGCGUGCCAAAGAGGCGCUAUUUUGUGGCAAGUGUUGCUAGACGAUAGCGGGCAAUCUCAACAAAUCGAAUGCUUUUUGGGGAUCUCCACCGACACGCUCGUUUUGAUCGAGGAGACUUCAAAACAGAUCGUCUUCGUGACACCGUGUAAGUCGAUCCUGGGGUGGUCCACCCAGUCCAACGGGUUGCGGAUUUAUCACCAUCAAGGCGAGUGUAUGACUAUGUACAUGAGGGACAGCCACGGGGAUCGCGACGAGUUGGUCGAGAUCAUGGACCGCUUGAAAGCGGUGACUCAGGGAGUUCUCGCCAAGGAGUUACCUCUGAAGCGGAAUAUAAUGGGGCAGCUGGGGUUCCACGUGCAACCCGACGGUAUCGUGACUUUGGUGGAGAGCGCGGGCGAGGCGUGGCACGGAGGUCUGCGCCAGAACUCGCGCCUUGUCGAGAUCUGCAAAGUCGCGGUAUCUACCUUGACGUACGACCAGAUGGUCGAUCUACUGAAAACCUCAAUUCUUGUUACUUUGACUGUGAUACCUCCUUUGGCUGACGGGUCUCCGCGCAAGGGCUGCACGCUCCAAAACUGUAAAUAUAACGAAGGCAAUUACGAGGGGGACUACGAAAACUUAGGGACUGAAGACGCCAAAUCUCGCAAAGCGCCGCAGAUGCAGCAGGCCGUCCCCGGCAACCACCGCCGGGUCUACGAGCGGAGCUUCUCGCCGCCGCGCUCGAGCAACAGCUCGGGCUACGGCACCGGCAGCAGCAGCAAGUCGUUUCACGGGCUCGCCGUGAACCCCGAGGGGACGAUGACGAGCUCGUCGAGCGGCCACUCGAGCGACGACAAGUGGUACGACGUGCUGCAGGAGCUCGAGCCGCCGCCGGUGCCGCAGAAGACGCCGUCCAGGUCCAACAACACGUUUCCCUCGACACCAAAGCGCAACAAUCAAAUGACACAGCUGCAGGUCUCGCAGUCGCACAACCACUUCGGGCCGCAGCCGAUACAUCACAACAAAGUACAAAUCAGCCAUUCGUUACCUCUGCAACAUGUCAAUUACUCGCAGCCGAUGACGGCUGUGGUGCAUAGCAGCACGAACGACUACGAGCUCGCAUACAAAUUAGAGAAGAACAAUAUGGGAUGCGGAGAGGGUUUUGCGAAGCAACAAAGACAGGAGUCGGAUUACAUGAUGACGAGGCAGUUGAAUAGCGACUUCGGGAGGAUGAAUAUGAACGACAGCCAUUCGACGGAUAGUUCGAUCAGCGAGAGGUUAUAUGGGUUAGGGAGCGAGGAUGAGCUGUCGAACGGGAGCGGGAACGUGUCGCCGAGGAGUCGUAGGGCAAAGCAUCUGACGAACAGCAACAGCAGAAAUCACAGUCCGAGGUCGGUGAACGGCGAGGCGAAGUUGAGACCGGGGGUGACCGCGAGGUCCUCCAAUCGGAACAGCGCGAAUUUGUCGUCGAGCAAUUUUCAAGAGGAGUUGUUGAGGUUGAUCAACCCUGACAGUAUUGAGGCUUCUGCUGAGCCGAAGUUGCCAAAAGAAACGAAUAGUCAUUCCAGAGAAAACCUAAACAACACUCUCUCCGUGCACAAAACCCAGCCCGAAGUGAUACUAACCCUGGCGCGACCCGCCACCGUGAUCUCUAACGCGAGUACGACAUCCAGCCCUCUACCCUCCGAAUUUAAAAGUUCCAAGGACGAGCUCACCAGCCCUACCAAAACCAAAUCUGUAGUUUCCCUAGAAGAAUUCCCCGUUCCCGAUGACUGGCCGACCCUCGUUGACACCGCCACCCGGGUGCUCAUGCAGGUGGCUUCCGACAGCUACAAACGCGAAGAAAACAAAAUGUGGGAGGAGGAGGCGCCCAUAGACGCGUCGAUAACGUCGUCGGUGAGUUCUAGCACGAGCGUGCCCGAGCUUCAGAACCACGUGACUGAUUUGGAGUCGAGCCUGAAGCGGGAGACGCGGAGACGGCUGUCGCUGGAGAACGAAGUGAGAAGGCUGAAGGAGGAGAAUAAGAAACUGAAGGACCAAGCACAAAGUGCGGUGCAGCAGCUGCGUAAAUUUACGGAAUGGUUCUUCAAGAACGUCCAAAGGCAGUAGGCUUUGUACAUAUGUACCUAUUUUAAUGUUGAAGUUGUAAAUUUUUAACAUAGUACAAAAUUGUUGUAUUUAUUUAUUGUUUGUUUGAAGAAGAAAUUGUAGUUUUUGGGUCAGUAUUCGAAAUUUGUUGUCGAAUCGGUGAGCCUCGGCUCGAGUAUUAUUUUAAGUUCAGAUAAUUUAUAAUAGUUACCACACAGUUUUAUUUAACCACCACUUUUAAGAUAAUUUUAAAAUUUUGUUACUUAUAGUACUGUUAUGUAUUUACUGAGUACGUAUUAUUUUAUAUAACUCUUAAAGAAGUGAACACCAAAUCAAAUUUAAUGUUAAUUCGUAGUCGUAGUGUUAUUGCAUCCAUUCCUGAACGAGGAGUAUUGUUUGAAUCUGAUGGUGACCUGCUGAUUGCCUUAUGAAUGGAUUUAAAAUAUUUUAAGGAACUUGUUAUGUAAACGUAAUUUUCCAUUUACUAUGUAAAAUGUUUAUUUAAAAAUAAAAGUGCAAACAUAAGCCAGCCCCA